CACUGCUGGCUCAUGUCCAGCUUCUCGGCUACCAGGACCCUCAAGUCCUUCUCCACAGGGCUGCUCUCAAGGGGUUCUUUGCCCAGUCCGUAUAAACACCUGGGAUUACCCUGGCCCAAGAGCAACACCCUGCACUUGUCCUUGUUGAACCUCACUAGAUUCACACGGGCCCACUUCUCCAGCCUGUCCAGGUCCCUCUGGAUGGCUUCCCUUCCCUCCAACGUAUCGACUGCACCGCUCAGCUUGCUGUCACCCACAAAUUUGCUGAGGGUGCACUCGAUGCCAUCGAGUUCAUUUAUUAUGCGCCGUUUAUUUAAAAAAAAAUGUAUUAAAGAGUGAAUUACUAUAGUAACUGUAUUUUUAUUUAAGAGACUGUUGGCUAUCUUGCUCCACUGUGCAGAUACAGAAGCAGUGCCAAACAGUGAUACAGCUGUUGCAGUAAAAUGAAAGGUCACUCUGCAGGUGAUCUCCAGACAUACCUUCAAAACUGAGCCACUCUGUAUAUCCGAUGAAUAUAUUCUUAGUUUAUAAUAAUGCCUUUCUUGUGGCAAUAUUAAUGCUUGGUAGGAAACUAACCACAUACACCGUCAAGCCUUACACAGCCAAACUCUUUCAGUCAGUUUCCUAUCACUCAUCUCUGUAUCAAUGCUGUAUCCUUCUGUUUGUUAUUUUCAUUUGUUUACUAGCAGACAAAAAGUGUUUGAUUGUUAUGAAUUACUGAAUUUAAAAUGAGAUGAAAAGAGUGUCCAAUGUGAAUAAAAUAGAAAAAAUAGCAUAGCUCCAUAAAUAUCGAAGAUCUAAAAAUAGAAAUAAAAAAUUUUAUCUCGGUAAGAAAUCAAUAAAAAGAAAAUAAAAAAAAAAUAUGAUAGCACCAGACGAUGUAAAGCAAUUCAAGGAAAUUCUAAGAUCAUUACAUCACAGAGUAAUAGAAUAUUGUUGCCGGCAGGUCGAGGGAGGCAAACCUUCCUGCCCGCUCCAUGGCCAGCAGCAGGCACCUCACUGCACUGCCUGCAACAGCCGCCAUCUUGCUUGGGUGCCGAGGGCCCACGCCCUCACCCCUCUGUGUGGUAGUGACUACCUCACAGAGCGUGUCGCAAAGCGGCCAUUGUGACAUAAGCAGCCAGGAGCAGGUUAGGCCAGGCCAAGCUCAGACCGUGGGUCAGUGCGACCUGGUGAGGUGAGGAGAGAGGGCAGGGAGCCAGGGGCUGCCUGGGGCUGCUCAGUGAGGAGGGGUCCCCACGCCCUGGGGGCCUGAGCUGCUAACUCAACUCUCGUCCUGCUUCUCCCUCAGAGUCGGCAGAGGAGAGUGUGCAGGAGAAAGCCCAGCGCUGACUGGGCAGGGACUCCAAGCGCUCAGCGUCGACGUGUACCAUGUCCAAAAGGAAGGAGAAGACCUCCCACUCGGAGGAGCAAGGUGAGAGCAAAGUAUCCCUGCGUGCAGCUCCCUGCCGGGCAGAGGGGUACUGCGGGGUCUGCCUGUGUCUGAGAGGGGAGGCGGGGGCAGGCAGGGGCUCCCCAGACACUGCUGGGCAUGGCCCCUCUGCUCCUCAGCCAGCUUGGCCUGCGCGUGCCUGCCGUGACUGUUGGGCCUACCGUGGCCCUUGUCCCCCUCGCAUCUUCCAGCCCUGCCCCUCAUCCAGCAUGGCAGGCACAGUGCAGGCCCCAGGCAACAGUCCUCGGGGACACUCGGUACUCACUGCUGCUUCUAUCGGCUCUCUCCUCUUCAGUAUGCAUGCUGUGUCGCCGAGCAGACGUUCACCCGGACAUCUGCGGGCCCACCCUCAGCGAGAGCGGGCUUUGCGUCCACAAGUUUUGCUUGUUUUUUGCCAACGGCCUGUAUGAACACACUGCCCUCCAGAGGGCAGUUCUCAAGUUCCCCCUUGAUGCCAUCAGAUGCACAAUCGAGGAGGCAGAGCAGAAGCACUGCUUCGUUUGUGGAGAGAAGGGGGCCUCCAUCUGCUGCGCAGAGACAGGCUGUGAGCGUAGCUUUCAUCUGCCCUGUGCCACGGAUGGCGAAUGCGUCACGCACUUCUUUGGGAGGCACAGGUCCUUCUGCUGUGAGCACCGCCCUCAGCAGAUAGUGGAGGCAGAUCCAGAGCCUGACACAGCCUGCAUCAUCUGCCUGGAGCCCGUGGGGGACAAAAAGUCCUACCACACCAUGGUGUGCCCAGUGUGCAUACAGGCCUGGUUCCACCGGAGCUGCAUCCAGGUAGGAGCCCUCCCCUUGCUCUGCAGUCACCGCAGGUGCUCAGCGGCACCAGGCCCCGCUCACACUCUGGCUGCUUGUGUGUUACUGCCGCAGGGACAGGCCAUGAGCGCUGGCAUUCUGCGCUUCCAAUGUCCCGUCUGCAGAGACAGGAUGCAGUUCCGGACGCAAAUGCACAUCCUCGGGAUCCAAAUCCCAGCCAGAAGACCAACAUGGGAGGACAAGGAGUCCUAUGAAAAGCUGUACGAGAUGCACGGGCUCUGUGAUGUCAGCGAGUGCCUGUACACAGAAGGCAGGGAGCAAGCAGAGGAAGAGGGGCCCUGGGAGCUGCUCGUUUGCACCUCUUGUGCUGUGCAAGGCACCCACCGGCACUGCUCCUCCUUGAGCGAGAGCAUAACAAGCUGGGAGUGUGACAUCUGUGCUGGCGUGGGCACAGGUAAGAGGCAAACAGCCGUGUACUGCUGGCUUGGGGCCAGGCAAGGCCUGGCAGCGGGUCCUCAGAGCGGCUUUGCCAGAGUUCCUCUGCCCCUGGACGGAUGGGAACCUCGCCCACCAUGGGGCUGCCGGGUCAUCCGGCUGACCUUCCUGCCUCUCCUUACAGCCUCCAGUGACGAGCCGCAGCUUGCUGGUCCCAGCACUGCCAGCCAGGAGGCAGAGGGGCCAUCUCCUAGCUCCCCAGAACCUGGCAACCACAGAUCCGACUCCACUAGCAAGGCAGCAUCGGAGUCACCCUGUGGUUCUCAGCUGCCUAAGCGCAGCAGCCUGUCCAGCCAGCCCAGGACAGGACAGAGCAAGAGCCGCGGACAUACAUCUAAGCAGCACCAAGGACACCAAGGGAGCAGCCCUACACCAGCUCCAGGUGCUGAGAGCAGCCCCCGCGGAUCCACCAGCAAGCGGGAAGUGGGGUCCUCCAGAAAUUGCCCAGCGGCUGAACGCAGAAGGCAAUCCGGGCAGCAGGACACAGGCCGGACAAGAAGCCGCUCUCCGCUGAAGGAUCGUGCCUCCAAUUCCCCGAGCCAGCUCAGAAGAAAUCCUGGCAGCAGACGUAGUGCAGCCUCAGCUACUGUGAGCGGCAGACGUACUGCGGCCUCAGCUACUGCCAGCGGCAGACGUACUCCAGCCCCAGGUGCUGAGAGCAGCACGCACACCUCUGGCAGCCGGAGGGCAUCCAGGAAUUCCCCAGGGGCUGGAAGCAUAAGAUGCCACAAAGAGCAAGGCACAAGCCGGAGACAGAGCCAAUCCUCCCUCCAAGGUCCGGCAUCAAAUUCCUCGAGCCAGCCCCGAGGACGCCGUGGCAGCAGGCUUAGUGCUGAGAGCGGCUCCCAGAGCUCUGGCAGACAGGUGACAUCCAGGUCCUCCAGGGAUUCCGCGCUGCCUGAACACAGAAGGCAUUCCCAGAACCAGGAACGAAGCCGUUCCCCGCGGGAUCGUCGGGCUUCCAAUUCCCCAAGACAGUCUGGAGGAAGCCAGAGCCGCAGUCCCAGGCAGCGGCGGCCAUCUCAGGCACGACGCCACUCCCAGAACCAGCCCUGAAGACACCGCAGGAGCAGCCAUGUACCACAGCCACGUGACGGCUCCUGUCCCCAGCAGCCAACCCAAUAGACUUGUCACGGACUUCUCUCUAGAUCCGCGUCCGUGACAGGGGGCAGCAGGCCUGGGAAAAAAGACAAAAAAUACAGAGAGACAGAGGGAAGAAAGAAAAGUGUUAACGGAUUACGGGCCGGUCCGGCGCAGCCCCGUGACU